CAGAUCUCUCACAUCCCGGUGCUGGUACCGGUACCGGUAGAGUACUAGUACCGGUACAUGCAUGUAGACUAUUACAGUCGUACCACAUCCGCCAAGAGAAAUCGAUCGAUAGCUCGCACACUCUUGUGAAAUCCCAGCCAUCAUGCCAGCUUGCAGUGGAAGCGGUCUUGAAAAGUCUCCGCGGAAUAGUCUCCUUGCAAUAUUUGCAGUCAUCUUUGUGCUGACAUCCCCUGGCAUGGCUCUUGUAUCCACCAGGGUGAAUCGAGUGUUGUUGCAUCGGUGGUCUGUGCCGAGUCUGAUCCUCGCCAUGUCCUCUACUCCAUCGUCCGCUCUGACGGAGUUUGAGGUGGAACAGAAGUUUGCGCUUCGAUCAUUGGAUGAAACGACCCAAAUUGAAAAGAGACUACAAGAUCUCGGCUUCUUACCCCAGCUAGAAAAUAAAGGUCCAAAAGAGGGAAUGGUCGAUUGGUAUUGGGAUGUUGCUUCUACUGCCAAACAAUGUAAAUGGGCCUUGUCAACCCAGGAUUGCUGGUUGAGACAUCGCCGCCAAGGAGACAAGGCUGCGUGGCAAUUGAAGUUACGACGCAGUGAUGAUUACAAGACAGCAGCUGCCACUGUUUACGAAGAGAUUGCAGGACCUGAGGCGAUUGCCAAAACCAUGAUAUUAUUGUCGACGGUCGCGAAUAGCGACGAUGUUGUCAACAGCCAGAUUUCGCCACAGCAAGGAGAUCUUUUGGACAUGUUUCAGAGAGAAUUCCAACAAGAUCUGCCGACUGAGAUGGUUGACCCGACAACCAACGAGCCAUUAUUGUUGCCGUUUGCCAGGAUUGAAACAAAGCGCUCCAGUUGGAUCCCUUCUGGCGCUCCAGAUUCUCAAUAUUAUGCCACCGUCAAAGUGGACCUCGAUAUGGCAACGUACGGUGAUUGCGACUUGGUCUACGCUGUCGGUGAAGUGGAAGAAGUAGUCCAUUCUGCUGACGAGAUUGCAGCGGCCCGAGAAAGGGUCCAGGCAUUCAUAGAGAAACUGACGGGCGUGGCGACAAAGCAACCUGAGGCAUCGCCCACGGUCAUGGGAAAGUUGGAGUACUACUUGAGCCACCAUCGUCCUGAUCACUAUCAAGCCUUGGUAGAAAGUGGGAUCCUGAAGUAAUAUGUGGACAGAGUGGUUCUCUCUAUUCUGAAAAAUGUUAGCUACUGCACGCCAUGUACAAAUUCUACAAAUCCGAAAAGAACUCCUCAUUUUUCGUUUUGAGCUUUUUGGCUCGGUUGUCAUUUUUCGUUGGUUGCUUGUCAUCACCGCUGUCGUCGUCACUGUCGUCGUCGUCGUCUUCUUCUUCUUCUUCCUCGUCUUCUUCGUCCAUAUCUUCCCAUUCGUCAUCGCUGGCUUGACCACCCUUGUUGACUUUGGCUGCAGCGGCGGCGGCUGCAGGAGCCGGUCGUUUCCGUGGCUUGUCGUCUUGUUUGUCUUCCUCCUCGUCUUCCUCAUCAUCGUCAUGUAGAAUUAAAUUUUUGGUAUCCCACAAGCGAAUGUAGGGAUCGUGACUGACACUAC